UUUUUGUUUUGUUUCUGUUUGUGUAGAGCAAAGAACCAGGUAUGUAUGCAGUAACACCCGUUCUUCUCAUUUGUUUAUGCACAUAUGCAAUUGGUGUAUAUUUACCUUGUUUGACUAAUGAGUCAAAGAAAGACUUGGACGACUCAAGAACAGCUCUGACCAGUCUCGAAACUUACCUUGGAAGUACAGUAAAUACAAUUGAGAGCGACAUCCAGAAAACCCUCAAUACAUUGAAGAGUCAUCUAGGAACGUUAAAAAGUAAUGUCGGGAGCAAAGUAAAGAACCUUGAUGGUGACCUUCAAGUUCUGAUGGGAGAUUUAAAAAAAAAGAAGUGGGUGAAACAUAACGGACAUUGUUAUUUUUAUAGUACCGAAUCAUCUGAUUGGUUUACAGCAGAACGCCGAUGCAGGGAAAUUGGUGGAUACAUCGUAAAAGUUGACGACACUUCCGAAAACACGUGGAUUACUGAUAACAAACCUAACAAAAAUGUGCAUUACUGGAUCGGAUUGACAGACCUAAAGGAAGGAGAUUGGCGCUGGACGUUCGAUCAGUCACUUGCCACGUACAAACCAUGGCUAAGUGGCUAUGGUGCAAAGGGGACUGCAUACAAUUGCGUUGCUUACAGUCAUGGAUCAAGUGGACUCAGACUUUGGUUUGAUCAAACUUGCUCGACAAAUUAUAAUUACAUCUGUGAAAGUAACUUUUGUUUUUAA